AUGCGGAUUGGUUUAGCGAUCUUUGUGUAUGUUGGAACAGUGAUAGCUGAUCACACAACAAAACCGCCAUGUUGUCGAGAUCAUCUCUCCGCAACAACUUGUCAACGUUUACUUCGAUCAAGUCCACGCUAUUUUGCUGAUCGUUGCAAUUUGGAUGCAGAAUUUAGAUUGGUUCAAUGUUGUACAACUUGUAACAAGAGUGGAAUGGCGAUGUCGUAUGAUUUGAUCGCUCGAUCGCUCGUCUCUGCACAAUGUUUUGAUCGACAUGAGCCAACUUUUUGUGCUAGAUAUGUUAAUCACACGGAACCCUAUGUGCAACCAGCAAAGCCAUGGACAUGUGAUGGAGAGAAUCCACAGAUAGCUUUUCGCCUUUGUCGUCAGUCUUGUGGUUUCUGUGAUUUUAAAAUCGUUCACUAUACUCUUGAGAAUGCCGUCAAAGCGUGCAAGAGCACAAAGCUGACUUGGCGUCAGCGCUGGGGACCGAGAAUGCGUGAGAAUGGACAGAAAAUUGGA